AUGGAUCAAAAUCUGAAAACAGCUGCCGAGUCGGGCAACGUUAGCCAACUGUAUGAAUUAAUCGAGAGAGAUGGAAACGUUUUGAGGCGGUUCGAUAAAGUCGAGUUCAUCGAGACUCCAUUACACAUAGCUGCAGAAAAAGGGUGCAUUGGGUUUGCACUGGAGAUUAUGAACUUGAAGCCAUCCUUCGCUAGGAAGCUGAACCACCGAGGCUUGAGCCCCAUGCACACUGCGGUCGAAAAGGGGCAACAAGAGAUGGCCCUGCGUAUCCUGGAAAUUGAUAAAGAUGUUGUUCGUGCUAGUCCCGAAUGUAUCCGAGAUGUUACGGUUCAGAAUCGCACUGCUUUGUAUAUCGCAGUUGAAAGUAUCAGGCCGGACGUCCUAAAAGCCCUACUCCGAUCGCUGGGAAAGAAGGACUAUUAUCAGGAAGUGGUGAACAGACAGGACGAAGACGGUAACACUGCACUCCACAUAGCUGCUACCAAGAAUCAACCUCAGAUGCUCAGGUUGCUACUAGAAUACAAGGCUGAUAAACAUAUAACCAAUCAAGCUGGUUUGACGGUGUUGGAUGUAGCACAUCGAAGUAAUAACAGAGAAAACAUUACUAUUCUGCGUCGUGACUUCAUUCCGGGAGUUUCGAACUUGAAAUACAAGUGGGGCAAACGAAUCGUCAAGUACGCUGCAAAAGCAUCAUCGCUAAUUUUUCACGAUAUUGACAAUAUAUCAGGGGAUGACCGUAAUGCCUUACUAGUAAUCUUAGGACUGCUCCUAACUGCAACCUACCAAUCCGCUCUUAGCCCGCCUGGUGGUAUUUGGCAGGGCGACGAUGCUUCAUACGUCAGCUCCACCGUAAACGGUGAACGUAAGCUCCCAGGGUCAUCAAUGAUGGACAUAUAAUUUUCUUUAUUUCUAUAUUCCAGCCUAUAUCGUCUUCAUCGUAACCUUUUUCCUAACUCUGGGUCUGCUUGAACCAUUUCCCCAAGGUUUUAGGACAGCUCUUCAAUUCCUACUUUCGUGUCUUGCAACGUCCUUCGAUCAAUCAAUAUCUGUUCUAGCCCUUACCGGUCCGGCAUA